UUUGAUACUUCUCCUCUGAUUUUGAAAUACAUGGGAGAGUUGGGAUGUCACUUUGAGGUUUACCGGAAUGAUAAGUUAACUGUUGAUGAGCUAAAAAAGAAAAAUCCAAGAGGAGUACUCAUUUUCCCUGGACUAGGUGGAUCCAAAGAUUCUAGAAUAUAGCUAUAGACUGUUUUGGAGCUAGGACCUAUUGUGCCUUUAUUUGGUGUGUGUAUGGGUUUGCAAUGCAUUGGAGAGGCUUUCAAAUAUGUGUUCCCCCAUGGCUCUGCUGUAAACCAAAAUGACAUCAAAAAGUACCAAUAUGAACUUUCGAAGGGGGUUCAGUUUCAUCCUGAAAGCAUUUUAACCACAGAAGGCAAUUUCAUCAAAUUGGUAGAGAAAAGGGAGGCAGUUGAAUCCCAUAACUAG